UGAGCGGUGUGAGUGCACAAGAGACUCCACCAUGGACAUCCGACCGAACCACACCAUCUACAUCAACAACAUCAAUGACAAAGUCAAGAAAGAAGAGUUGAAGCGUUCUCUCUACGCUCUCUUCUCUCAGUUCGGUCAGGUCGUUGAGAUCGUGGCGAUGAAGACGAUGAAGAUGAGGGGCCAGUCCUUCGUCGUGUUCAAAGAGCUCGCCGCCGCCACCAACGCGCUGAGGCAGCUGCAGGGUUUCCCCUUCUACAACAAGCCCAUGAGGAUACAGUACGCUAAGACCGACUCCGAGGUCAUCGCCAAGGUGAAGGGAACGUACGGAGACAAGGAGAAGAAGAAGAAGGACAAGAAGAAAGGUCUGGAGCCGCUGACGAGCCUGACCAAGAAGCCAGCAGCGGGAUCAGCUGUUCCUGUUCACUCACCUGCAGCUCAGGUUCCUGACAAUCCUCCGAACUACAUCCUGUUCCUCAACAACCUUCCAGAGGAGACCAACGAGAUGAUGCUCUCCAUGUUGUUCAACCAGUUUCCCGGCUUCAAAGAGGUUCGGCUCGUUCCCGGCAAACACGACAUUUCCUUCGUGGAGUUUGAGAGCGACACGCAGGCGGGCGUCGCUAAAGACGCUCUGCAAGGCUUCAGGAUCACAGCGACCUGCGCCAUGAAGAUCACCUACGCCAAGAAGUAGUUCCCUCUAAGAGAC